GGUCGUUGGUUGCUGCUGUUGGAUGACUUUUGCGUGGUGGCGUCAUGGACUGGAAGAUGCAAGGCAGGGGAAAGGGCGGUUGAAGCCUGUCUCGAUCUUCUUCGUCGUUGUUGGCAGUGACUUUGCAUUCGACUCCGUGUCGCACAGAUAUACGAUGGUGGCUCACUACGACGAGAUGCCCAACAAGAAGCCGCGCGUCGACAGAGACAUUGUGUCGUCCUUGCUCUCGCUCCGGACGCACGCGCCGCUCCCGAGCCUCGCAACCACCGUCCACCGCCUCCCCGCGCUCCGCCCGCAGCCGCCAUCGCUCCACAAGCCGCUUUUGGUCCAACUCCAGGAGCGACAGAAGGGCCCAAUGCCGCUCCCAUCGCCCUCUGACGUCCGCGCGCUGCAGGCCGACCCGCGCGUCCGGCAGGCCAUCGAGCGCUUGAAGGAGCACCAAAAAACCCACCGCACGGACCUCUCGCUCCUCUCGCGCGAAACGGUAGCGAUCAUCGAGUCGCUCGCCGCGUCGGACCCGGUCGCGGACGAUGACGGGUCGGCCAGCGUCUCGAGCAGCGCGUCAUCGUCUCGCGUCCAGUCGACGGACGGCUCGACGAUCGGUGACGACGGGUCCAGCAGCGGGAAGCGGCGGCGGCUCAACGACGGGCGCCGGCUGCGCGGCCUCGGCGAGCACACGAUCCCGCUCGAAGCGCCGGUCAAAACGUCGUUUGCGACCAGCUGGGCGCAGCGCAAGCACAACUUUGAGCUCGUCCAGCUCAAGCGGGACAUUGAGCGAUGCCGGAAAGAGUACUUGAGCUACCUCCGCACGCGCCUUAGCCGCUGCAUUGCGACCAACGGAGAGCGCCAAUUGAACCCGACCGACGACGUGCUUGGGCGGCGUAUCGAGCUGCGCGUCGCGUCCAUGGCCUACCUCUUCCAAUCGCGCGUCAUGUACCCGUGCGGCGUCGGCGCCUUCGCCGACACCCACGCGCUUACGCACAACGCGUUCGACCGGAGCAUCCGCGACGUCGCCGCGCUCUUCCGGGCCGCCGCCGCCUGCGUCCGCAUCGACCACUCGACUAUCGAGCAGUGCCGGCCCAUGAACGACCACACGAUUGCGUUCCACACGGUUUUUUGGGUCACGAUCACGGACGCGACCAAGCUCCCGGCGCUGCUCCGCGACGACGUGCGCGGCCUCUGCGGGCAUUUUGAGGCCCGCGGACAGCUCCGUCUCCAGGCCGUGCUUACGUGCGCAUACAAGACGUUCGACAUCACCGAGAUUGACAUUCGCAUCGACGUGGCCGACGCCCUCGAGAGCUACAAACCACCGACGACGCGCGACGACGCAGGCAGCAUGCACGCCAAGCUACUUCUGCAGCACCAAGUCGGCGCCAACCGCACGCCAGCGAUCGAUACCACGCGGCCGCCUGCCUUGCGCCCGAUGCCACGCGUCGUCAUGGUCCCGUUCCAGGUUCUGCCAUAGACUGUAUAGAAAGCGCUAAGUUAAUCUCGUGCCAGAUACGAGUACUACACCACA